AAAAUAAAAAAUCAAAAAUGCCUAUGCCUAUGCACCCCCUCAGAAAUAAAGUCAAAAGAACUGAGAUUAAUAGACUUUCUAUUAUAUUUUGAUGAAGGAGGAACGACGAUUAUUUAUGGGGAGGGGCGCCGGGUGCCGGGAAUUUUUUUUAUCAACGAAGUAAAAAUAAUAAUAAACUGUACGGUAAGCAGAAGCACUAAAUAAUUUAUUUAAUAAGUCCUGGCCACUUUUUGGUAACCAUAAGAACGUGAACAGAAACAAUCGUCAAUUCAUCGAGCUCAAUGUUCAAGAGGAUCAUUUCCUUCGGUGCCUUAUCAACAAAAAACACUUUCAAAGCAAGAUACCCACUUCGAACGACGAUGGACGAAAGCUGCAAAUCAGAUAUUCAAUUGUAUGAAUUCGACGAUCUUCAAAAGGCAUUGAAACAGAAAGAUCAAGUACCACUGAACUUGGUAGAUGUUAGAGAAGAUGGAGAAAUCAAAGAAACUGGUAUGGUGCCUGGUGCCAUUCACGUGCCUUUAGGACAAGUUGAGUCAGCAUUGGAUUCGUCGGACGAAGAAUUCCAACGAAAGUAUAACUUUGCUAAACCAAAACAGGAUGAUCCCUUGAUUUUCAUGUGCAAAGCGGGAAGACGAAGUUACGAAGCUGCUAAAAUUGCUGUGAAGAAAGAUUAUUCAAAAAUGUGCGAAAAAAUUAUUCUAUUUUCCUUUUUACUAGUUUAUGGAAUCAAUAAAAUCCAUUCUUCUGAAAUCAGACAAUUCGGUUAUCGCGACUUGACAGCAAUGCAAGAAACUCCUGAUAAGCCUUUACAUAUAAUAGAUGUAAGAGAAAAAUACGAAGUAGAUGCUACUGGAAUGAUACCUGGCAGUAUUCAUUUGCCUUCAAGACAGGUUAAAGAAGCUCUAGAAUCAACUCCAGAGGAGUUUCAACACAAAUAUAACGCUGAGAAACCAAAGCCAGAAGAUAAUUUGGUAUUCAUUUGUAAAAGUGGAGUGCGAAGUUUACAAGCAUGUGAAACCGCUUUAAAAUGCGGUUACAAAAACGCAAUAAAUUAUGAGCGUGGAUGGUUCGAUUGGAAAUGCAAAUACUUAAAAAGCCAACCAGACAAGGGUAAAGAUUACUUCACGUCACUGAAUUAUGUCCGUACAGUUGAUUAAAAGAAUUCAGCUGCUCCAUAUAUGC